AUGUUUUUUCGGAUGUUUGUGGCUUUUAGCCCUUGGAAUUGGUUGCUAUUACUAGUGGCUCUCAAGGGUGCUGAUGCAUCUUCUGAUUUGAAUUCUUCAAAUUCCACUGCCCAGCAGUGGAAUAGCAACCUUAAUGCUCGGUUUGCUGCUGCCAGCUCAGAGCCAGAUGAGAGGAUAUCUGUUUUUUCACUGGAUUAUGACUAUGUUCAAAUUCCUUAUGAGGUCACCCUCUGGAUACUUCUAGCAUCCCUUGCAAAAAUAGGCUUCCAUCUCUACCACAGGCUGCCAGGCCUCAUGCCAGAAAGCUGCCUCCUCAUCCUUGUUGGAGUUCUGGUGGGCUGCAUCAUCUUCGGCACUGACCACAAGUCACCUCCAGUCAUGGAUUCCAGCAUCUACUUCCUGUAUCUCCUUCCACCCAUUAUCCUAGAGGGUGGUUACUUCAUGCCCACUCGGCCCUUCUUUGAGAACAUUGGCUCCAUCCUGUGGUGGGCUGUACUAGGGGCCCUGAUCAAUGCCUUUGGCAUUGGCCUCUCCCUCUACCUCAUCUGCCAGAUCAAGGCCUUUGGCCUCAGCGAUGUCAACCUGCUGCAGAACCUGCUGUUUGGCAGCCUGAUCUCAGCUGUAGACCCUGUGGCUGUGCUGGCUGUAUUCGAGGAGGCACGUGUGAACGAGCCACUCUACAUGAUGAUCUUUGGAGAGGCCCUUCUCAAUGAUGGAAUUACAGUGGUCUUAUAUAAUAUAUUAAUUGCUUUCACAAAGAUGCACAAAUUUGAAGACAUAGAACCUGUGGAUAUUUUGGCUGGAUGUGCCCGAUUCAUUAUUGUGGGGCUCGGGGGAGCUUUUUUUGGCAUCAUUUUUGGAUUCAUUUCUGCUUUUAUCACACGCUUCACUCAGAAUAUAUCUGCAAUUGAACCACUCAUCGUCUUCAUGUUCAGCUAUUUGUCCUACUUAGCCGCUGAAACACUGUAUCUCUCUGGCAUCCUGGCAAUUACGGCUUGUGCAGUGACAAUGAAAAAGUAUGUGGAAGAAAACGUGUCCCAGACAUCCUACACGACCAUCAAGUAUUUCAUGAAGAUGCUGAGCAGUGUCAGCGAGACCCUGAUCUUCAUCUUCAUGGGUGUGUCCACGGUCGGAAAGAACCACGAGUGGAACUGGGCCUUCGUCUGCUUCACCCUCGCUUUCUGCCAGAUCUGGAGAGCCAUCAGCGUGUUUGCUCUCUUCUAUGUCAGUAACCAGUUUCGGACUUUCCCCUUCUCCAUCAAGGACCAGUGCAUAAUUUUCUACAGUGGUGUCCGAGGAGCUGGAAGUUUUUCACUUGCAUUUUUGCUUCCUCUGUCUCUUUUCCCUAGGAAGAAAAUGUUUGUCACUGCUACCCUAGUAGUUAUAUAUUUUACAGCAUUUAUUCAGGGAAUCACAAUUGGUCCUCUGGUCAGAUACUUGGAUGUUAAAAAAACUAAUAAAAAAGAAUCUAUCAAUGAAGAGCUUCACAUCCGUCUGAUGGAUCAUUUGAAAGCUGGAAUUGAAGAUGUGUGUGGGCAAUGGAGUCACUACCAAGUGAGAGACAAGUUUAAGAAGUUCGAUCAUAGAUAUUUACGGAAAAUCUUAAUACGAACGAAUCAGCCCAAAUCGAGCAUCGUGUCUUUGUACAAGAAGCUAGAAAUGAAGCAAGCUAUCGAGAUGGUGGAGACUGGGGUAAUACGUUCCACAGUUUUCUUGGUGCCCUACCAGACUCAGAGGAUACAAGGAACCAAAAGGCUUUCCCCAGAAGAUGUGGAGUCCAUGAGGGACAUUCUGACGCGAAACAUGUACCAAGUACGGCAAAGGACCCUGUCCUACAACAAGUACAACCUCAAACCUCAGUCAAGUGAAAAGCAGGCAAAAGAGAUUCUGAUCCGCCGCCAGAACACCUUAAGGGAGAGUAUGAGGAAAGGCCACAGCCUACCAGGGGGGAAGCAGGCUGGCACCAAAAAUAUCCGAUACCUCUCCUUUCCAUACAGCAGUGAUGCAAGGAUUGCUGAAAUCACAGAUGAGGAUAGCAGUGAUUCAGGAUCCCCUUCCAUCCUUUUCAAUGCACAAUCUCAAACAGAUCAACUUCAAGAAAGACAGUUGACACAAGAAAUAAUCCCAAUGAAGCGCUUGCACAAAGGAGGAAAGACAUUCAGCUUUGGUUAUCAAAGCCAUGCCAGCCAGGAAGAGGACACUGACAGAGUCCGAAGGGCAGCAGUAAGGCCUAAACCACUCUUCCAUGCAGUCAGUGAAGAAUAUGAAACUGAAGAAGAAAGUGAAGAAGAGAUUUUACCAAUUGGGUCCAGAUGGACAGCGGAACACAAAAAUGGCAGGGAACAUCACAAAUCCCACAGUCCUUUGCUCCAAAGAAAGUAG